AUGUACGAGAAAAUCAUCAAAGCCGACCUGGGGGCCGAUGUGAAGAUCAUCGACUUGAGGACGGACACCAUCAGCAAGCCCACGCAGGAGAUGCGGGAGGCCAUGUACGUGGCCGAGCUGGGGGAUGAUGUCUACGGGGAGGAUCCCACUGUUAUUGAAUUGGAGAGGAGAUGCGCUGAGCUCCUGGGGAAAGAGGACGCCGUGUUCCUCGUUAGCGGCACCAUGGCCAAUUUAAUUGCCAUAAUGGUGCACUGUCCUAUCAGAGGUAGUGAAGUAAUAUCCGGCGAUAAGAGCCACACGUUUCGCCUAGAACAAGGUGGAGCUUCCCAAAUCGCUGGAAUCCAAACGGUUACCCUUAAAAACAAAGAAGACGGGACGUUCGACCUCGACGAGCUCAGAGAUAAAAUUAGAAAAAACCCCGACAUUCACGAACCGAUCUCUUCCCUAAUCCUCGUAGAAAACACCCACAACCUAUGCGGAGGAAAGGUUCUACCAUUGGAAUGGCUGGAGAAAGUGAACCACAUUGCUGGAGAACACAACAUUCCCAUACAUAUGGACGGGGCAAGACUGAUGAACGCCGCUACUUACCUGAAGGUAACGCCGCGACGCGUCGUCAGAGACGUCGAUUCGGUUUGUUUCUGCUUGAGCAAGGGGCUGGGGUGUCCGGUCGGCGCGAUUUUAUGCGGAAAUUCGCAGUUUAUUGCCAAAGCUCGUCGAGUGAGAAAAGUGCUGGGCGGUGGAUGGAGACAAGCAGGAGUACUAGCCGCAGCAGGACUUGUAGCAAUAGACACAAUGAUAGACCGAUUGAAAAUCGACCACGAGCACGCCUACGAAAUCGCCAAAGCCAUACACCAAACCAGGUCUAACUUGUUCAAAGUGCAGUUGUCGAAAGUGCAAACCAACAUCCUUCUGAUGUACAUUGACACGACUAAGGUCGAUAUAAGAGAGUUGCAGCGUCGAUUGCAGACGGUGAUGGACUCGGACGAGGUGCGGGCGAGCGUCAGGUGCUCCUCGUUGAAAUCGAAUUGCGUGAGAUUCGUGUUGUAUCACGAAAUUACCGACGAAGACGUGACGAACGCCAUCAGAAAAAUACAAUUGAUAAUUAGCUGUGAUAGUUAUUUUUUAGAUUAUUUAGGUGGUACUAUAGCGGAUUUGAAGUCGCCAGUGGCUUGGGUAGAUUUAAAAGAAGUUGAAACGAACAUCAUCAAAUUGUAUUAUCGACAUCCCAGUCGCGGCAUCGCCGAGUUUUCCCGGCGAUUGAGGGAAAUCGAAGAGGGCGAUCCGGUGAAAGUAUCGCUGGUUGUGUCCGCUAGAAGCGGCAUGGAUUAUUUGAGGCUGGCCACGUAUUGGGAAAUAACUGAUGAAGAUACGAGACUGGCCGCGAUGAAAUUGGUUUACGUUAUUGAGGAAUUCGGAAGAAAUUUCGUUAGUAAAAUUUGA